AUGGCCACUGAUCAUCAGCAAGAAAUCACCCUCAAAGUCUUUGUGAACAAGGCCAAGAACUGCGUAGCUUUUGUCGAAUCGGACUUGGAUUUCGUGGAUGUUCUCCUCAGCUUCCUCACGCUGCCUGUUGGCACCGUCGUCCGUCUUCUCAACAAGCAGUCGUCCCUGGGUUGUUUCGAUAAGCUUUACCAAAGCGUCGAGCAGCUCGAUGAGAAGUACCUGGUGACGGCAGGGUGCAGAUCGAUGUUGACCAACCCAGUGAAUUCAUCUGGAGUGAAAUGCCAGAAACUUAGGAUUAAUAUUGAUAAAAUGGGACAGCUAUAUACCUGCUUACCUUAUUGCUGCUGUCAUCGUUCGUUCAGCUAUUACUCAGGCCUCAAAUGCCAGUGUGGUGGUGACAUCAAUAAGGCAGUUACUCACGAUAUCAAUCAGGAUCAUGUUGAUUAUCAAGAAUUUCAUGGCGUAUUCAUCAAGGGGGAUAAAUUUGGUGUUACAGAUGCUCUUUCCAUAGCUUCAAUUGAGGACGCCAUGUCGUCUUCUGACGAGUGGGGCGAUGGUGAUUGGAGCAACCUGGAACAGAGAGUGCUGAAGAUUGAACGGGCACAGGUUUUGGAUAUUCUUAAACAAUCCCUUAUUUCCGGCACUCCACUUACUGAUGUUCUAUUGCACGAUGGAGUAGACAUCACUCCCAAGUGCUCAGUUCCUUCGGUAGAAAAAACUGUUGCUAGUAAGGCGUUUGAUAAGGAGAAGCAGACCUACAGCAUCAAGCUGGCCCUCACGCGGAGCAAGGUGCUGUAUGCUGUAGCGAGCCGAGAUUUAGUUGAUGUAAUUUUCAGCAUUCUCACAUUUCCGUUGGGCACUUUGAAGAAGCACUUGGGCAGUCGAUUCAGGAUCGGAUGCCUGAAUAACCUUUAUGGCAGUGUUGAGCGUUUGGCUUCCUUAGGUUACGUGGUUUCAGGUUGCGAAGAGAGACUGCUUAAUCCCAAGCUCGCACCGUAUUUCAACCCUAAGUGUCAAGUCAUUGGAGUGGAAGAGGAGAAGCAAGAUGUUUACUAUGCAUGCUCUUUCCGCUGCAAACUAAGCGCAACAAGAUACCACUGCACUUCGCAUCCUUUUACGGGAUAUCAAACUGCAGAACAGGCAAACCUUAUUGAUCCCAAAAGACAACAUCCCACACGAUCAGAUUCUCCAUGUGGAAGCUACUGCAAGGAAUUAUUGUACAUGGUCAGCGACGAACUUGUAGUCACCCCACUAUGCCUAACAGAGGCUUUUUUACUUCGUAAGGAAUUCUCUGAACCUGUCAAGAUGGUGGAGUUGGGCAUUGGUGAAGAGGAGGCUCUUGAUUUGCUUAGUGCUGCUUCGUCGUCCAAGACAGCACUAACGGUUGCCUUCUUUGCAAGAGCUAAUGCUAUGGUGAAUGGUGAUAAAAGACGAAUACACUCGUCCCAUCGUCCCCGCCAACCCUAA